UGCAUCUUCCCGAUCUCUCGCGCUGGCGGUUGCCACUUCGAUGGAAUCCUAUGGGAAUUUCUGCGCCGCCUUCGCUGCCCGUUUCCAAUUUGGUUUCUUCUCUCCCGCCGUUUCCUAUAAAUACUGCUGCCCUUCUGCGCCCGUUCCUCAUUCCCUUCGCUUCUGCCUGCCCUUCUUCUUUCUUGAGCAGUACUGACGGUCGGGCGAUGGUUGGGCCUGCUGCUGUUCGAUCCGGCGGACGCCGUCGGGGCCGCCCUCCUGGGAUUCGGGUGGCCGUUAUUGCCCGUGUGCGCCGCGCUGGUGAUCGCCUUUCUUCCGUGGAUUCGUCGUCGGCGAUGGCAGCCGCUGGUGGGUGUGGCCGGCCAGCUACAGUUGAUUCGGAUUGCCGCUUCCGGUAUGGUCCUCGCCGGCCGUUCCGUUCUUCUCGGAUUGGUGCCCACCGAUUCGAUUCGCCGGAAGAUUUUAAUGUGGACGUUGAUAGUCGCCGUCGGGAGAUUUCAUUAGGGAAGCGGCCUGUAGAUUGUAUCAUUGGUUCUGCUAUUAGUGCGGGUUCUUCUUCAGCGGUCGACGGGUUUGCUUCGGCUGUUCGGUCUGUCAGUGUGCGACCUGAUAGUUUGUCUGUCCAAGUUGUUGACGGAUCGAAUGUUUGUCCUGCCGGUUUUCCUGCUGGUGUUUGCCUUCAUGGUUCAUUGGGCGGCAGUACAUUUUCCCGCUGUCGUCCAAGAGUGGUGCCCUUAUGUGCUGGUGGUGCCUUCGGUCGGCCUACUCCUCUUGGUAAUGUGUUGCCUACUCCUAUUAUGGAACACUUGCGUGUUUUGCGUGUUUUGCAUGCCUGCCGUAAGCGGACGGUGGUGCGAUCGUACUGGUUGGGUCGGAAAAGAGUGCGUGGGAUGCAGCCUCCUUUUUCUAAGGAUUACAUCCAACUGCUUAAGGCUACUUUUAGGAGGCGUUCCUAUUAUGGCGGGCCGGAUUUGUGUUGCCAUCACUGUGGGGCUUUCUUUUGGUUCCGUGAAGGAUCUGUUCACCAUGCUGACGUAACUUCUCGCUCUCCUGUUUACACGGGAUGCUGUCGGACGGGUAGGAUUUCGUUGUCGAAAUUUGGUGAUUGGCCUUCUCCUUUGGAUAGGCUGAUGCGUUUUGAUGGAGACGCGGUUUCCUCUCGGUUCAUGCGAUUAAUACGGCAGUAUAAUUUUAUGUUCUGUUUUACGUAGUUGGGUGCACAGGUUGACCGCAGUAUCAAUGUUGGAGGUGCUCCAUAUGUUUUCAAGAUGAAUGGGGUUGUCUACCAUCGUAUAGGUUCAUUGUUGCCGGCUGAGGGUGCAACUCCCAAGUUUGCGCAAUUGUUCAUGAUAGACUCUGCUGACUAGUUGGACUGUAGGUUGAAUGUGUUUGACAGAGAAGAAUCUUCUUCCCUUGAACCUGAUCCUGAGAUUGUUUCUUCAUUGAUAAACAUGCUUAAUGUGCAUCACCGUUUGGUGCACAAAUUUAGAAUUGCACGACAGAGUCUCUGUACUCCUGGUGUUUCUGUUGUCUCGAUUCGUUUUUUGGGCAACGAUGGUGGUGCCCAUGGUACACGUUUUUCUGGCCCUACUGCUUCUGAAGUGGCUGCCCUUAUUGUUGGUGAUCUGACACCUGAAUGCAGAAGGUUUGACGUCAUUGCUGAGACGCGGUCUGGUUCGUUGAAGCAUAUAUCUUCACUUAAUUGCAACCUUAUGGCUUUACAAUAUCCUAUACUUUUCCCAUAUGGUGACAAGAGCUAUCACCGUGGCAUUAGAUAUGUUCAUGCUAGUGGUUUCCCGGCCACAUGUUAUGCAAAUGUGCAGGCCGAAGGUUGUAUGGACGGCGAAGAUUCCGACGAUGAUGUCGACUGUAAUCCCGAAGAUGCUGGCAUUUCUCGUGGUCAGGUUACCAUGUUGGAGUACUAUAAGUACUAUGCUCGCUAUCGUGAAGGCGAGGUGAAUCCUUACACAAGUUGUGGUCGGCUGAGCCAGCAAAUUGCUGUCAAUGCUUACUUUUGUGUAGAGGCUGAUCGUCUAGAGUAUCAUUUCCGUAAGCAACAUAAUCUUCGAUCUGAGACCUAUCAAGGCAUAUCUGAUGCUAUGGGUGAGGGUAAUUCAACUGGCAAGAAUGUUGGUGUGCAGUUUAUACUGCAUGGCAGUUUUACAGGCGGCCCGCGGUAUAUGCUUCUGAAUUAUCAUGACGGGAUGGCAAUCUGUCGGCAGUAUGGUGCACCUGAUUUGUUUAUUACUUUUACAUGUAAUCCUAGGCGGCAAGAGAUUGCUGAUGCUCUCGCUGCCGAACCUGGACAGACUACGGCUGAUCGUCCUGAUAUUACUACUCGAGUUUUCAGUAUGAAGUAUGAGGAAUUUCUUGAUGGGGUUAAAGAUGGUACCUUUUUUGGUGCCGUUCAAGCAUACUUAUAUGUUGUGGAGUUCCAAAAGAGAGGGCUGCCACAUACGCACACGUUGGUGUGGUUGAAGGCGGAUACCAAAGAUCCUUCUCCUUCGUUUAUAGAUGGACUAAUUUCUGCAGAGCUGCCGGAUCCUUUAGUUGAUCCAUUAGGUUAUGCUCUUGUUGAUGAGUUUAUGGUGCAUGGUCCUUGUGGAGUGUAUAAUACUAAGUGUGCCUGCAUGAAGAACAAUUGUUGUUCCAAGCGCUUUCCUAAACCGUUGAGCGAGGAUACAAUGGUUGACCAUGUUGGAUAUCCAGUUUACCGUCGACGUGAUACUGGUUUGUAUGUACUUAGACAAAAGGAUUCGCUACGUCUGGGAAAUCAAUGGGUUGUUUCGUAUAAUAUGAAAUUGUUGAAGAGAUUUGAUGCACAUAUAAACGUUGAGUGGUGCAACAAGACGAACUUGUUAAAAUAUUUGUUCAAAUAUCUCACAAAGGGUCAUGAUGUAGUUCGUAUGCGUUUCCACGUUGAAGAUAGACCCCCAGGUGUUUUCACUGUUCCAUGUCCUAUUGGGAGGAAUGAAAUUGACGACUAUAUCAAAUGCAGGUUUGUUAAUAUAUUUACAUAUAUUUAUGUUUCUUAUUGAUUCGUUCUUAUAAAAUGAAAUUUUGAAAUGUAUAAGUAUCUGUCUGCUUGUGAGGCUUUUUGGAGAUUGUUUGCAUACAAUAUCCAUGGUCGCCAACCUUCUGUCGAGCGGUUGGUUGUUCAUUUGCCCAAUAUGAACAGAGUCAUAUUUGCAGAAACAUAAGUUGGUCCCACAGACAGCGACGAUCCUAUUAUCACAUACACAGGCGCACACCCUCCCGUCGGACGUAUGCAAGAAUUUGCAAAAUCACUUUAUCAUUACAUCACAGGCACCAAUCCUGCAGGAGGAUAUACUAGGAUGAUCUAAUCCACUAGCAGCUACUUUUAGCUUAUCAAUAUAACCUGUUUGUAUCUUU